GCAAAAAGGAGGGCGUCAGUGAGAUAGCGCAAGCACGAAAUAAAUUACGAAAUAUUUUUGUUUGUGAAAAACGUUAAUUAAUAAUAGGUAGGAACAAAAUAAAUGUGUAGACAAUAAAUUUGACAAUUUAAGUAUUCGAAUACUGGCUUAAUAUAUUCAUCAUCGAAUCGAGAUGGUGCGAAGUAGCGACAAGGAUAGACAUCAUCGACGAAGAUCCAGGUCGAGGUCGAGGUCUAGAUCGGCUGAGCCUGAGAAAAAACGACGACGAUCCAGAAGCAGGGACCGGGAGAGAGACAGGGACAAGGGACGUCACCGAGAGCGGAGGAGUCGUUCGCGAGACAGAGAUAGAGAGAGGAGUGACAGAAGGGAACGUUCCGAAAGGGAUAGGGAUCGCGAGAGAAAACGUGGAGACAGUAAAGAAAAGCGUCUUACAGGCUCAAAGUCUUCGCGCUCUGGCAAAGAGCGAUCAAACAGGUCUCGGUCACGUGAUAGAAAGGAUAAAGAGAAGGGUAAAGGUUGUCCAAAACCUAUCAAGUCUUGGGCGCAAUGUGGCGUGACUAAGAAAGAAUUAGAAGUGUUGAAAAACUUGGUUACGAAAAACCAACACCCAUUCAAUGCCAAGCAAUUCCAGCAUAUCUGGUCCUCUUAUAG